CCUUAUCUUCGACGACACUCACACACAAACGAAACGGCACUCACUUUUUUUUAAAACCCAACCAAAAAAAAUCGAAUAAAUCGGUCGAGUAUAUGGCGAUCUCCGUCUUGGCGCAUCUCCGGCGGCGGUUACUUCCGACGACCCUUAUCCACGUCAUGGCCCUCGACGGAAUCAUCAACGUCAAUUCCCUCUUCUCUGUCGCUCUCUUCCUCGGCCUCACAACCACCGGCCGCACCACCUCCGCCUUGGCGGAGAGAGUUGUCUCCAGCCACGUGUACUCUUUCAGUUCCUUCAUGUUCUCGAGCCUCGUCGCUCUGGCUCUCAAGCAAUCCAUCAAGCCAACAAGUGACGCUGUCGCGGCGGCGCGUGGGUUUCACGUGGAAACUGGGCGGGUUAGCGUGGUUUUGUUGAGGGUGGGGAUACUGGGGUCGGGGAUGGGGUCGGUUUUCGGGUGCGGCUUCUUGGUGUGGGCUCUGGUGGAUCUUGUUCAGAUAAAGCUCGGACCUUUGGGAUGCGUCAGAGACUUUUAUUCACUUGGAGCCAUCGUUCCUCUUGUCGUGUUGGUUCCUUCUGCUCUCGCUGUCUACGUCUUCCUCGUUCUCUACGCAUUUACUCAGUGACAGAGCUUUCUUGAUUAGCUUCAGAGGUUAUCGUUCAUAUAUACGAAAGUUUCCAAAUUUCUCAGUUUCUGGGGAAUUGGGUAAAUGGGUGUAAAUCAAUUUGCCCUUCAAAAAUCGUAGAAGAAGAAACAGAAGUAGCACUUUUUGA